CCUCUGCUCAGGCUCCAGGUUUAGUUUCUCUUUCCCACGUGCCCCGCGCCAGCUUGGUUGGCUCCCCUCGCACCUGACUGGCUGGCGUUGGAGCGAAGGUGCGCGGUAACAUGGCCUCUUCCCUGGGAAGGCUGAGCGGGAGCCGCUGGGGGAGCGCGGCGCUGGGCCGCGGCUGCCGGCGGCCGUGCGCUCGGCCCCCGGACUCCGCCGCAGGGCGCUUCGGCGGGGCUGGCCCCGGGCAGACCCGGGGGCUGGGCUACGGAGGGGGCACUAGAGGAGUAGGGGGCGGGGGCAGAGCGAGAAGAGCCCCCUGGCUGGUGGCGGGACUGGCGGCGGGGCUGGCGGGCAUGGCCGCAGCCUCUUUACAGCACCUGGCGCGGGCCGACAUGGUCCCUAGGACCGAGGGCGCGUCCGGCGUUUCGGAGAGGGCGGACGAGUUGGCCCUCCGCUGCAACUCCUUCAUGGCCCACCCCGUGACUGCCCUGUCGGAAUUGCGGGCCCGGCCGGGGGACAUGAAGACCCAGAUGGAACUACUGAUCAUGGAGACCCAGGCUCAGGUUUGCAAGGCGCUGGCGCAGCUGGACCGGGGCGCAGGCUUCUCGGUGGAUCGCUGGGAGAGGAAAGAAGGUGGAGGGGGUAUCAGCUGUGUGCUACAGGAUGGUCAAGUCUUUGAAAAGGCUGGAGUUAGUGUUUCUGUAGUUCAUGGGUCGCUUUCUGAAGAAGCAAUAAAACAAAUGAGAAGCAGAGGAAAGGUCCUCAAGACCAAAAAUGGUCAACUGCCCUUUUGUGCUAUGGGAGUCAGCUCCGUCAUCCACCCCAAGAAUCCUCAUGCACCCACUUUUCAUUUCAAUUAUAGAUAUUUUGAAAUAGAAGAAGCUGAUGGUAACAAACAAUGGUGGUUUGGUGGUGGAUGUGACCUUACUCCAACUUAUUUGAACCAAGAGGAUGCUGUACACUUCCAUAAAACCUUAAAGGAUGCUUGUGACCAACAUGAUCCAAGCUUCUACCCCAAGUUUAAAAAAUGGUGUGAUGACUACUUUGUUAUAAAGCAUCGGGGAGAAAGAAGGGGAAUUGGGGGUAUAUUCUUUGAUGAUCUUGACUCCCCAUCCAAGGAAGAUGUAUUUCGUUUUGUCCAAAGCUGUGCACGUGCUGUUGUACCUUCUUAUAUUCCCUUGGUGAAAAAACACUGUAAUGACCCAUUCACACCUCAGGAGAAACAAUGGCAGCAGCUUCGGAGAGGGAGGUAUGUGGAAUUUAACCUGCUUUAUGAUAGAGGCACAAAAUUUGGACUCUUCACUCCAGGAUCUAGGAUUGAAAGCAUCCUUAUGUCUUUGCCCCUAACUGCUAGAUGGGAAUACAUGCAUGCACCUUCAAAGAAUUCCAAAGAAGCUGAGAUCCUAGAAAUCCUACAUCACCCCAAAGACUGGGUGCACUGAUGUGAAAAAGCAGAAUUCCUGUGUCAAAGAAAAAUCAACACAUAAAUUAUCUCUCUUAGAUUUCUUGCAGCUACCAUUGAGUGGCAGUUGAACAGACUUUGUGCCUUAAAUCAAGCAGGGGCUAAUAAUCUGUAAAUUCUUUGACUUGCAACCUGAAGAAUUGGGGGUGUUUAUCAUCAUUUUUCCAAUGAUGAACUCUGCCAGUGAUGCAACAUCCAAGUGAUAGUUUUAUUUUAUUUUAUUUUAUUUUUUUUGUAAGCUAAUGAACUGCUAUAAAAACUGAUUGUUUUAGUCAUGUUCUCCUGUAUUUUUUCUGCUGCAAAAUGUGAAACUGGUUUCAGUGUGAUAUAUGAUAUACACAAGUGGCACAUUCAAUUCUCAGGACUGGAAUAAAUUGUGUCAGGAAGCUUUUUGUUAUAACAGGAAAUUCUUGGCAAAUUAUUUUAUUGUAUUUUUUCUAAAGUUAUGUAUUUUAUUUGGAAACAGACUUUUGUCAUACUUGAAGUUUCAUAGUUUAUAUCCCUUUCUUAUAGUAAAUAUAAAUAUGGACUUAGUAAUAAAAAUAUUUUGUUUUGUUGUAAAAAUGUUUUUAUGCUUGUUUUUUGAUUGAAUAACUAUAGAUAUGUGAUUUUAAUCAUAAUUUUUAAAAUCUCCCAUAAGAUAGCUGGACUUGAAAACAGAAUAGCUAAACUCCAAUAAUACCACAAAUCAAAGCUUUACAACUCUUUUCCGUUUUCCUUUGUUUAUUCUUUAAUAUCUUUAAUACUUUAAUAAUAUCUUUAUACUGCAUACAAAUAGAGAUAGAUUACAGAUGUUUAUCUAUUUUAUCAUCUCUUUUAUCUAUUGUAUUUUUUUAUGCUCUUAGUUUUGUAUUUCAUCUUUUCUAUCAUUUAGCUUUUCUAGGAAAUGUUUUUAAACAGCAAGUUAUUUCAUGGUGAUUUGGGAACCAGCAUGCCCAUGCUGCUAAAAAUAAGUGUGAAAAGAAAAAUCAAUUCUUCAACAAUGGUCAUGUCACAGCAGAGUGAAUAAAGACUUUUUUCAAAGCCUACGACCAAGUCUUACCUCAGACACAUGGUAGCUUUGUGACCCUGCAAGUAAUUUGACUUGUCAGAGGCUCAGGCAAAUCUUAAGAAAAUUGAUAGAGGGAUUUCCCACUGCCAGUGAAAUCACAACUUCCCAGCAACGUGAAAGUGAAGAAUCAUAUAUUCCUCCUAUUGGUAGAAAGGAGGUUAUUGGUCAUCAAGUUCAGCUUCUCUUUGGAACGUCCCUCACAAAUGGGUCAUCAAAGAUAGUCAUUUGCCUGUGUGUUUACUACUGUUCAAGUUAGUCCCUCUCCAGUUAUUGUAUGACUGAUUGUUAAGGGAAUUAUUCCUAUGAUUGAACCAAAAAUAAUGUGAAUUUCACUUUUUAAUUUAAAAGGGUUUCAAGUAAAGGAAUUCUCUCCAAAAAAAAAAUCCCAGAGGUUUCAAAACAUUGCCAGUUGGAA